CCAACACAUUCUGGAGCUAGCUAGCUAGUUUCAAAAUUGUUAACAUGGAGUUCCUAAUUACACUCAUUACCACUUUUUUACUCUUGUUAAUGCCUGCAAUCACUUCCUCCCAAUAUUUAGGAAACAACCUACUCACUAAUCGAAAGAUUUUCCAAAAACAAGAAACCUUAACAUCUUACGCUGUCAUAUUUGAUGCUGGUAGCACUGGUACUCGUGUCCAUGUUUACCAUUUUGACCAGAACUUAGAUCUUCUUCACAUUGGCAAUGAUAUUGAGUUUGUUGACAAGAUCAAACCAGGUUUGAGUGCAUAUGCGGAUAAUCCUGAACAAGCAGCAAAAUCUCUCCUUCCACUUUUGGAGGAAGCAGAAGAUGUGAUUCCUGAGGAUAUGCACCCCAAAACACCCCUUAGGCUUGGGGCAACCGCAGGUUUGAGGCUUUUGAAUGGGGAUGCUGCCGAAAAGAUAUUGCAAGCGACAAGGAAUAUGUUCAGUAACAGAAGUACCCUCAACGUUCAAAGUGAUGCAGUUUCUAUUAUAGAUGGAACCCAAGAAGGUUCUUAUAUGUGGGUGACAGUUAACUACAUAUUGGGGAAUUUGGGAAAAAGCUUCACAAAAACAGUGGGAGUAAUUGACCUUGGAGGUGGUUCAGUUCAAAUGACAUAUGCUGUGUCAAAGAAAACAGCUAAAAAUGCUCCAAAAGUUGCAGAUGGAGAGGAUCCAUAUAUAAAGAAGCUUGUACUCAAGGGAAAGCAAUAUGACCUCUAUGUUCAUAGUUACUUGCGCUUUGGCAAAGAAGCAACUCGAGCACAGGUUUUGAAUGCAACUAAUGGAUCUGCUAACCCUUGCAUUUUACCUGGAUUUAAUGGGACCUUUACAUAUUCAGGAGUGGAGUACAAGGCUUUUUCCCCUUCUUCUGGCUCAAACUUUAAUGAAUGCAAAGAGAUAAUUCUUAAGGUUCUUAAAGUGAAUGAUCCAUGUCCCUAUUCGAGUUGCACUUUCAGUGGAAUAUGGAAUGGUGGAGGAGGGAGUGGACAAAAGAAACUUUUUGUUACUUCAGCUUUCGCUUACCUAACUGAAGAUGUUGGUAUGGUUGAGCCAAAUAAACCUAAUUCCAUACUUCAUCCAAUAGAUUUCGAAAUUGAAGCUAAACGAGCUUGUGCAUUAAACUUUGAGGAUGUCAAAUCCACUUAUCCACGACUUACAGAAGCAAAACGUCCAUAUGUAUGUAUGGAUCUCUUAUACCAGCAUGUGUUGCUCGUUCAUGGAUUUGGCUUAAGUCCACGAAAAGAGAUUACAGUAGGUGAAGGAAUUCAAUAUCAGAAUUCUGUUGUGGAAGCUGCAUGGCCUCUAGGUACUGCUGUGGAAGCUAUAUCAACGUUACCUAAGUUUAAGCGAUUAAUGUAUUUUAUUUAAGCUUUUAGAGAUGACAAGAUAUUUCAGUAACAGCUAACUUUAUCAAAAAUUAAAUAAAACUGGCGCAUUUUGUCUUUCAUUUCUUA